CAUUCCUUUUUAUGCAUGUUCUGUGCGUCAGCUGGUUGCUGCUGUCCACCCCAGAGAAGGGAUGAGUGGUUGAAGUUCCUUAGAAAUUCAAAACAUCCCAUUUUUGAGGGAUUGAACAAAGAUGGGCCCAGAAACUCUCCAGAGUCAACACCACACUCAGGAGCAGUGGAGGUGUCACGCCAGAGCCCGAUUGCAUGUUGGUUUAGUGCUAUGCUUUACUGCUUUGGUGGGUCUGUUCUGUCUUCCUUGAUGCUUGCAGAGCCUCCUGUAGGGUUCCUUGCAAACACCACUAAUAUCUUCCUGGCAUCUUCAGUCUGGUAUCUUGUAUUUUUUUGUCCACAUGACAUAGUCUACCGAUGCUUUUCCUUUCUGCCUCUUCGACUGAUGAUUGCAGGAAUGAAAGAAGUGACUAGGACUUGGAAAAUAACAGCUGGAGUUGCACAUGCAAACAGCCACUACAAAAAUGCCUGGCUUAUCAUGGUAGCUGUUGGCUGGGCCAGAGGAGCUGGUGGUGGCUUAAUCUCUAACUUCGAGCAGUUGGUGAGAGGUGUUUGGAAACCUGAAAGCAAUGAACUUCUGAAGAUGUCCUACCCUGUAAAAGUGACUCUGGUAGGUGCAGUACUCUUCACAUUGCAACAUGCCCAGAACCUACCGAUAGCAAGACACAACCUUAUGUUCUUUUAUACCACCUUUCUAGUGGUCACAAAGGUAAGAAUUUGGCAAUGUAUAAUUAUUUAAACAUAUGCAAUACAGCAAUAUUUCUCACUGUACUUUCUAAAGCAAGAUGCAUGUUGUUGAAUAUUUCUCUUUAUACCCCCCACCAGAGUACUAAUUUCACUUUCUGGAGAUCUGGUCAAACUCAAUUGGUGAAAAUGGCAUAGCUCAAUUGAAGUCAGUGGAGCUACCCCAAUACCAUGACCCCCAUGAGCCUUAAGUAACUCUUCCAUAUGUGAAGCAGACCGACGGGAAACUCUGCAUCAUGACCUUUGCUAAGUUGUAUUAAAAGAAUAUUUCAGAAAUUUGGCACAGGGAGUUGAUAUUUCAAGUUACUAAAUUAUUUGAGAGAGAGAUACAAUUAAGACACAACAGGUUGUCUUGCCAACCUGUUAAUACAUGUGGAGCAAAAAUGAACUGCAGCCAAAGGCCAAGUGUUUCUAGUCACUGAAUACGUUUAUAAGUGAAUAGAACAUGCUCUGUUUGUCUUCAUGCUGUUUUUUAAAAGUUUGUAGUUUUGGACACAUCUUUCAACUAUAUAGAAAAUAAUGGUGAAGGAGAAGAGAAAAAUAAUGUGAAAAGUGUUUACUAUCACUUUGUUUAUAAAAAGUGUGGAUAUGUAUAUCCACACACAUGCAUGUGUACACAUGCGAGAUAUAUGCACAUUAUUGUUCUUCCCUUUAAUCUUCUUACAGUUGAACUCUAUCUAUCCCAUUCUGCAUUUAUCUCCUUCUGGAAAGCGGGGCUAUAUUCAGGACUGUGUUAACCCUAAAAAAGGCAAAGUUGGAAUCUCAGUAUCAUCUGAUCUGUAACAAUCUUGAAGGUUGCUAUUCUGUUCUUGAGAUGUUAAAAAAUGGGUGAACUAUGAAGGAGGGUUUAAAAAGAACAGCCUGCCUCCCCCAGGGCAUCCCUAGAAACAUUGUUUCUAAAAUCUGACUGAGAUAUUGGGUCUCCUGGGUGCUACAGUAAUGCAAGGAAUCCUUAUCAUUAAUGCUCCAGACUUACCUUUUCUUAAAACAUCUAAACAUCAGAGACACUCAGGAUACCAGGGAUGUGGUGUUAGGAGAUAGUUAGGUGUGGCGGAGGGGGUCUGCAGCUUCAGACUCCCUGUACUGCUGAAGCCCGUAGUACAGUGGCACACAACUUUGUGGCACCAGUUCUGCAUUGGUGACUUGUUAGGACCUUGAAGUCAGCUAGUAACUGUAAUGCACUGCUAGAUUGACACAGUUCAUGCAAGUCUGACACAGACUUAUGAAGUAGUGUCUUGCUUUCCAGACACUUCUGAAACCUCUCUCAGAAUCAGGGUGUUACUCUAGUCUUUAGUGUUUGGGUUAUAAAUACCAUAUUGGGUCUAUUAAGCAGGUCCUUUUUCCCCUUAGUCCUGGAGGAAGUUCUCCCAAUAAGUUUGUUUUAACAUGGGAGUUUUUUUAAGGAUACGUGCGAUCUAAAUCAGUGAUGUCCAACCUUUACUGCUUGGGGGCAAUUGAAGGUCAAGGGGCCACAAACACUCUGGGGCAGAUUCUUUCUUUCCUCCCAUCCUUCCAAUCCGCUCAAGUAGUGCAAAGGGAGUGGAAUUCAGCCACAGGCCCCCUCUGGGGAUUUACCCCAGUGCCUGGAGUCUUCAGUGGUGUAGAACCAGCGUAGCCUCACUCCCCACAGCCUCUGGCACGGUGGCAGUGUUGGGAGCAGGAAGGGGAGGAAUGGCUGAACCUUAGGAUGAAAACUACAACCAGGAACUAAUAUUCGUGCUGGAACAAAUAUUUAUGAAGAGUUUGUAUUAGCAUUUAAAAAUCGUAUUAGUUAAGAUGGUAAUUAGUUGCCAAUUAGCACAAAACAUGACUAAGAAUUCAAGUCUAGACAAGGCCCUAGAGUAUUUUACAGUAACUUUAUUGCUUUGUUUUAUAUGUCAAUUUUUUAAAGAUACUUGAUUUCAGUGGUCAAGAUAAAUUUGAUAAAUCUACAGAGAGCUUCUGUUUCAUCUUUCUCAUUGGCGUACUCUUCAUGCAUUUAUUAAGCUUAGUUUAUUUUCUGUGUGUACACUUAAGUUUAUUUGUUGUAUUUCAGUCUGAGUUGAAAUAAAAUCAUAGGACUGGAAGGGACCUCAAGAGAUCAUUUAGUCCAGUCUCCUGCACUCAUGGCAGGACUAAGUAUUAUCUAGAUUAGGGGUGGGCAAAUUU